GUUUGUUCUUAAAAAGAGAGAAUGCAACUUUUAUUCUGAAAAGAAGGGAGCGGGAAAUCCUUCGUUAUCUUCUGAGGCGGAACACUGGAAAUGACUGUGGAAGUGGGCGCAUGCCACGCUCAGACGCGAGCAGCUCGUCGGUAGAUUGUGUGUGUUUCCUUGUUGUAGUGCGCUGACCGCUGUGAUGGUGGAGAGGAGGAGAGUAACGCUGGUAGCGGAUAUUAUCCUCAGCAGGAAACAGCCACCGGAGGUGGAGGAAACUGUUCAUUGUCGAUGCUCCAGGGCCUUCGUACGGGAUCGAGAGCUUUAUCGUUCUGAUAACAGACUUCUCCCUGACUUUGCAAACGCUGUCCAAGAAGCAGAUGAUGGCGAAGAAGAGGAGGCUGAAGUGGAGGAGCUGGAUGAAGAGAGUCAGAUGAUGGUCAGCCUGGGUCUGCCUUUAGCCUUUGUGUGCUCCUCUGACCAGAGGAGAGCAGGACGGAGGGCUAACAGGAAUUGCCUAAUAUACUGUGAAGAACCAGCUGAAGAAGAAGAGGAAAGUGAAUUAGAUCCACAGGUUGAUGAAAGAGUUGAUGAGAAGGAAGUGUUUGAUCCACUUGUGGAAGUACCUGGAGGGUUCCAAGAUGUCGGCUGGGAAGCCUACUGGGUGCAACAGGGAGAAGCUCUGUUGUGGAGCAGCUGGCUGGAGAAACAUCCAGAAACUGAGCUGCAAUCUGCAGAAGAUCCAGGAACAGUGAUUGCUCCUUGGGACAACCCAGAUACAAAAGCUCUCUGGGACAAACAUGCUACAGAGACCUACUGUUCAUAUUGGGAGCAGUACUCAUACUGGGCAGGACAGGGUUGGACCUUUGAGCAGUUGGUCUGUAAUGGGGAUGCUGGAAGUGAAGAAGCAACAGGGGUCAUGGACACAGGUGAAAAGAGCCACACAGAGGAACAGAGAGAGAGACCUACCAAAGCUGAGAACCGACACAAAGAAGUUGAUGCUGAAGUUCUGAAUGAUCUGUUUGGACAAAGCUUCACAAUAGAGGUAGAUGGAACCUGUGUGCCUGGCUCAGUUAUAGUCCAGUCAGAGGGAAUGUUCUGCAGUUCUGAUGAGGCUUCUGAUGAUGGGAAUAGUCGCAAGAGACCAGCUGGCUCCAUACAGCAUAACACAGCUACUACAGGUUCCCAAGUCAGCCGCGACAGACAGCGUGGAUCAAGGAAUGAAAAACCAAUUCGAAAAGAUAAUGAUGACGAUGAUGAUGAUGAUGACAAACCUCCAGGCACAGGAUGUUCAAAAGUCAAACGCAGUCAUGAGCUGGAUUUGGAUGAGUACCCACAUCUGACACCUGAGGAAGCUUGGGGUAAACUUGGCUUCAAGCACAGCCCAGAGCCUCAGUUCAACGGUGUAUUAAGCUUCAAAGGCAGCUCAGCUUCUAAGUGUCAAAAGCAGCAGCAGACAAAGAGAGCAAUCUGCAGCAUCAACAAAUGCACCAGGUUCUCAAAGAUGGGUGGAGACAACGCACAGCUGCAGAUCAGUACCUCCCUCCAUAAGGUUCAAAAUUUCCUUGAAAAAGUCCAGAGAGAGAUACAGAUGACUAAGUGUGACCAGAGUGAAGUGAGCAGAGGAAACCCACCUGAGAACAACCCUCCAUUUCUAAGAGAACUGACAGGAGGAAAAGAGAAGAGGGAAAAGGAGAUGAAGAAUGCUGAAAAAGAAAAUACAGAUGAUCUAGAGGAAGAGAGUUCUAUUUCUGUGUCCAGUUUAAGUGCAGAGAGGAGGAAUUAUACUCAGGCCAGCACCUCCUUCAAUUGUGCCACAGAGUCUGUGGAUAGUGAAAUGGUGGAUGAAGAGAAGCAGCCAUGGAGACAGUUACCAUGUCUACAAAUUCCUGACUUUCUCCUGCCUGACAAGCCUGAAGUUAACAGAGCUUCUUGUGACUUGAGUGUGAAAGACACAAAGACACCAAAGAAGAAGAACAGUAAGCGAAGGAAGAAGCAGCAGGUGCCAGCAGAGAUGGCAGCUGAACCAGAGCUGGCUAAAUACUGGGCUCAGCGCUACAGACUCUUCUCUCGCUUUGAUGAAGGGAUCAGACUGGACCGAGAGGGCUGGUUCUCUGUAACGCCUGAGAGGAUCGCUGAGCACAUCGCUCUCAGAGUGGAGUGCAGUUUCCAUGCCUCUCAGCUGGUCAUAGAUGCCUUCUGUGGUGUGGGAGGAAAUGCCAUCCAGUUUGCCCUUACUGGAAAGAGAGUCUUAGCCAUUGAUAUAGAUGCAGCGCGGCUGGAAAUGGCACGGCACAAUGCUGCAGUUUACAGUGUUGCUGAUCGAAUUGACUUCCUACAAGGGGACUUCCUUCAGCUGGCACCCCGUCUCUGUGCUGAUGUGGUCUUCCUGUCACCACCUUGGGGAGGACCAGACUACUUAACUGCUGAGGUUUUUGACAUUAGGACCAUGAUGGAACCUGAUGGAGUUGAGAUUUUCCGCCUGGCCAAACUGAUAUCAGACAACAUAGUGUACUUUCUGCCCCGCAAUGUUGACAUGGAUCAGGUGGCCUCUCUAGCUGGUCCAGGAGGAAAGGUGGAGGUAGAGCAGAACUUCCUGAACAACAAGCUGAAGACUGUGACUGCUUACUUUGGCAGCUUAAUCAAACUGGACCAUUAGAAACCCUGGCUAAGCCAUGGGCGAGUAUGGCAUCCUUCUCCCACAAAAAUCUCUGUUCUCUUUUUGUCCAUUUCCAAGACUACUGGACUACAGUUUGUUCAUUCCAGAGAUCCUGGCAGUUGAACUCCAAUUAAGUGCAACAACCUUUUUUCUAGUUUAUAAACCCCACCUGGCAUUUUAAUGCAGGUGAUUUUUUUUAAAAGAUGUUAAAUACUUCAGAAAGACUGGAGUUUUGAGAUUUUUAUGAUAACAGUUUAAAUUUUGUCCUAUUAUUAUUCAUUUGAACCUAAUAAAUGUUUUCCAUACAGUUUUUUAUGUGAGCUUGACUUAAUAAGGCACUUACACAUUUUAGUUUAAGUCAGGUUUGUCUCUAAAGCACGUUUAAAACAGCAGCAGUUGAUCAAACAUAAGAUAAGAUGACAAUUAAGACAGGGGACAUAAAAUAAUAAAACAGAAGUAAAAACAGCAUCAAUAGUGUAUCCAGGACUCAAGCCAAAGAAUAAAAAUGGGGUUUAAAAGUGUCAGCUGAUAUGAAGGGGCAAUUUGUUCCAGAGUUUCAGAGUAACAGCUGCAAAGGCCCCAUCACCUCUGUGCUUUAAUCUGGGCCUCGGGACAGUUAGGAGCAUUCGCUCAGCAGACCUCAGUGACCUAGUGGGAGUGUGCAGGCUUGUAAGAUCGGACAGUUAGGGAGGCACUAGCCCAUGCAAUGCCUUAAAAACAAAUAGUAAACCUUAAAAUUCCAAAACAGCCAGUGUCAGGAUGCUAAUAUCAGAGAUAUGUGGUCUCGAGUGCCGAUUAGUUACCGUGCUGCUGCUUCUGGAUCAGUUGUAGUCAACAGAGUAGUGUCGGGCUGACACCUGAAUAGAGACUGUUACAGUAAAGUCAGCUUGACUGUUUUAGUUUAAGACAGGUCAUUCAAAAAUGUGUGUUGGUCUCUUAGAUUUUUGGCCAUCACUGUGCAGAAGGAUAUGCAGAUGUUUAAAUAAUUAUUCACUAAAAAUGGACUCUUGAUGUAACGUUAUUCAUUAUUUCUGCCAUUAGUGGGUAAAACAACUGCUUUAAUGUUUCUAAUCUGAUCUGAGAUCAGCUUCGCUGAACGACUGUAAAGGCUUCAUGUUACAAAAUAACAAACUAACGUCUAACUGGGAUUUCAGAGCU